AUGACCGACGACGAUUUGAGAGCUUCGGUGGAGGAAAUGACGCACAUCAAUAGGAUGUUAACGACAGAGAACGAGUUGAUCGAGCAGUUCUUGCGUCGCAAAGAUCCUCAGAGUUUGGAGAAGCUGUCCCUGAUCGUGGAGUCGGCCCGCCAGGCCCAGAAGAUCUCGCGCCGGCACGGCUCGGGCGUCAGUCUGCCCGGGAGCUACGCCAAGAGCGCCUCGUCCCGCACCGCCUCCGGCAGCCAACGGCUCUCGGUCGCGGCCCCCGCCGCCAAGGGACUCGCCGCCAAAUUGACGGCUGCCCACAGGACCGAGUUGGCCAACAGGGAGGUGGACCUGAUGCGGAGGGAGUGGGCCAGCUUCGAGGGCCGGUCCAAGAAGGAACGGCUGAACGGCGAGAUCCGCCUCGAGGAGCUCAAGUACCGGCUGAGGGACAUGGACGAGGCACUCCGGAACUUUGAGGCCCAGGUUGUCCGACAGGUGGACCCGAUAAGCAAGAAAAUCCCCGCGGAAAAGUUCGUGAGGUUCGUGGAGAACCAGCUGAGGUUGGCGGAGGAGGCGAACGACAAGCUGAACCUGAAGAUGAUAACGACGCGGCAGCUGAUUCGCCAGGCCAGGAGGCAAAUAGACCUGGGAGCUGAGGUGGGGAAGACCCUUCGGCCGAUAGACUUUGAGCGGGUGGCCAUCGAGAACGAGCACCUCGCGGAGGAGAACGAGAGGAACGGCCGGUCCCUCGCGGCCCUCAAGCGAAUCAAAAGGCAUUACAGUUUGGCGCUAAAGUAUCGCAAGGAGGGACUGGCCGAGAGGAAGUCGAGGCUGCGGGUGAUCGAGAGGAAGCUCGAGCUGGGGGAGCGCGAGAACGUCGACUUGGAGCGUAGGAGGGCAGUGACGAGGCGAGAGGUGAAAUGGACGCAGAGCCGGCUGGACGAUAUUAAGGAGCUGCGGGAUAAUUACGAAAAACCGGAAGUCGCCGACUUCCUUCGGGUUCAAAAACAAUUGCAGGAAGAGCUUAGGAGGCACAAGCGGCUCAAGCGACGGCGGAAAAUUCAGCUUUUCACG